UGGCGACGGAAAACGAAACUGUAGCGCACCAUCCAAAAAUGACGGAGGCGAAAGAGCCUGAUUUUUCUGCAAUGAGAGAUGAUAUUGAAUUGAGACAUGGAGUAUAUUUCUUGUUUGCUUCUAUGUUAUUCUUUCAACUUGUGAAUUGGAUCUUAAAAUCAAAAGGACCUCCUAAAACGCUGAAAGAAGAUGAAUGGAAGUGGCGAAACUUGUAUGUUUCUUGGGUUCAUGCCCUCAUCAUUUCGAUCUGGUGCUCAGUCAGCUUGCUGGCCUACCCGGAGUUGUUCCAGAAUCUGCUGCAGCACAUCAACUACUUCACCUACUUCUGUGUGUGCCUGGCCACGGGCUACUUCUUUUAUGACUUUUUGGAUCUGAUCGUCAACAACAAGCUGUUCAAGAUGUGGGAAGUCUCUCUUCAUCACAUAGCAGUGGGAGGCAUGUUCUUCUACAACGUCAUGCUGAGGGGCAUGAUCGGCUUCAACGUGGUUGCCAUUGCCGUGGAGAUCAACUCCUUGUUCCUGCACUGGCGCAAGCUGCUUCAGAUGGUGCAGACCCCGUACCAAAGCCGGCACUACCUGCUGAUCAAGUACCUCAACCUGCUCUCGUUCAUCGUGUUCCGAUUCGGCGUCCUCGCCCUCAUCACCUCGUCCAUCUUCGUGUGGUCGCACAAGGUGACCACGCACUACCUGGUCCUCAUCUCCCUGUCCAUGCUGUUCAUGGACGUGCUCAACGCCAUCCUCUUCUGGAGGCUCUUCAAGAGCGACGUCCUCCGCGGGCCCUCGGGCGGCCAGGUCCACCCGCUGGUGACGCUCCAGCGCGAUUGGUCGAUCAUCCUGUGGGGGGUGCCACCCUCGUCUCAGUCACACCACCGCAACGGCUACACGAAAGUGGAGGCCGCUGCUCCGUCGGCCAACAACAAUGUGCCGGAGCACGUGAAGGGAAGGAAGGAGGACUGACAACUAGCCAUGGAUUAGGUCCUCUUGUCUCAGCCUCAAGUGUCCACUAGAGCUUUCGGUUGUUUGCGGUAAAGAAUUCUCGGGACUGUUGAGCCAUAUAUAUAGGAAACAGGUUUUCAAAGUUUUCCUGGUUUGGCGUUUGGGUUUUGUUACUGCUUUGUGUCUGACUUGGUUGGUGUUGUGUUGCCAAGGACAUUGUGGGAUUUUCAUAUUGGCAAUACAGCUCUCAAGUCACAUGUCUGCUUUCUCUUUUCCUGCACCAUAAUGUGGUUAGGAAUCUUGUGGAAAGCAUUCAUGUGGAAUGUCAUUCAUAAAGUUUUCAUUCCAUCUUAAGACCAAAACAGGUGGCCGUGCUGAGAAUAUUCCUGAUAGUCAGACGUUUGGGCUCUUUUAUGGCUGUGGUUGGCAAUCAUGGACAAUUAGAUGUUGGAAAUUGUACCCC